CCCCCACUAUCCCAUGUUUAUACAACAGAAUACCGGAUAAUCGCGUUUACCUGUGCCUAACGUGUCAACCGAACAAACUACAUCUGAUCGUCUAUUUAUUUAAAAAAUGGCGAGAUACUUUAAAGAAAAGGAUAUCGAUGAAUUCAGAGAGUGCUUCUACCUCUUUGCGAGAUCUGGUCACAUUAAAACGCAAGAAGAGUUGACAGUUAUCAUGCGGAGUCUGGGCCUAUCACCAACAAUAUUGGAAAUAUCUUCCUAUUUAAAACAAAAGGGUGGCAAGAUGACAUUCGCAGACUUCCUCGAAGUGAUGCACAUCCAUUCGCGGGUGGAAAAUCUCCCUAAAGAAGUGAUAGACGCUUUCAAAGCCGCGGACACGGACGGCAAGGGCGUAAUUUCCGCUAAACAACUGCGCCAUCUGUUACAAAACUGGGGCGAAUGCCUUUCCGCCAAGGAGAUAGAUCGCAUUUUCAGAGAGGCGAACGUUAACAACAACAGUAUGGUUAGAUACGAGGAUUUCGUUAAAAUCGCUUGUGCGCCAGUUCCUGACUAUUAUUAA